AUGGACGAUAUAAUCGUGCCAAGCAAGGACGAAAAUGAAGGACUGAAGGCGUUAGAAAAGGUAUUGAGCGUGGCUUCGAGGGGUGGAUUACGAAUCAAGUGGGAAAAAGCACAAUUUCUCAAGAGCAAGAUCAAUUUCUUAGGCUACAUGAUUGAGAUCGGUACCAUAGCACCCACCAACGAGAAGAUUAAAGCAGUCGUUAAUUUUCCAAUUCCUCAAAGCAGUCAAGCUUUGCACCGAUACUUGGAUGCAAGCAAAUAUGGCUUCGGAGGCGUUUUAAUGCAGAGGGACUCGGAGGAUCAGCAGUUUCAUCCUAUUGAGUUCAUGAGCAGGAAAACAAACGGUUGCGAAGAAAAGUACAGUUCCUACGAGCUCGAGGUUUUAGCAAUCGUAAAUGCGUUGAAAAAGUGGCGAGUUUACCUUCUGGGUAAGCCUUUUACCGUGAUUAGCGAUUGCAACGCUUUCGCUUUGACGAUCAAGAAGGAUGAUCUACCACCAAGAGUUGCAAGAUGGGCCAUGGCUCUGCAAGAAAACCAACAGAAGGUAGAACUAGUUGUUAAAGGAUGCGUGGGAUGCUUGAUCAUCGACUCCAAACGUGGGAAAAAGGAAGGGGUACUCAGUCCCAUUGACAAGGCUCAGGAACCUCUCGGAACCUAUCACAUCGACCACGUUGGACCCCUGGACUGGAAAUGCUUCAAGUGUAACAGCGAAGGCCAUAUUGCCAAGGAUUGCAAAGGCGAAGUAAUAUGUUACAAGUGCAACAAGAAAGGACAUAUCUCUAAAAAUUGCGAUGAGAAUAAAGAAACUAUUUCCGUUAAGAAAGAGUUUGCAAACAUACUGGAAGUAAAAGCCACGAAGCGACUCAUUUACAAAAAGAAGAAAGCUGAAGGAGUGACAUUCAUAGCCAUGAUUGAUUCGGGAUGUGACUUGUGUUGGCUGAGAGAGGACGUUUUCAGAAGUUUUGACGGCUUGAAGUUAAAGCCAGUAGUUAAGCACCUGAGAGGUAUCGGCAAGGGCGAACUUGUGACCGUAGGAUGUUUCGACGUCGAUCUUGAAGCUGAUGGUGUAUGCUUCUCGGUAACUGUCCAUGUCGCCAAACAGAACGAACUCGAGUUCCCUGCAAAUCUGGGAAACGAUGUGCUACAGUCAGUCGACAUAAUGUUCAGUUUCAACGGCGUCGACUUUGCAUCGGCAUUUAAUGGAAUGUGUGUCACGGAGAUAGUCGAGAAAAGUUCCGUCCUAGAUAAAAUUGAUUUAUCUCACCUGGCCGACAAUCAAAAACUAAAGAUACAGCAGCUUUUUACAGAGUACAAACCAAUAAAAUCGAUAGAUUCUCCAGUGCGAAUGAGAAUCGUGUUGGAAGACGAUAUUCCUGUAUAUCAACGCCCAAGACGCACAUCAUACGAGAACAGGUGUUUCAUAGAGAAUCAAGUGCAGGAAUGGUUGGCAGAGGGAAUUAUUGUACCCAGCUCCUCAGAGUAUGCUUCGCCAGUGGUCCUGGUAGCUAAAAAGGACGGCUCCAGACGAUUUUGUUGCGAUUAUCGCCGACUCAAUCAAAAAAUCAUGAAGGACUAA